CUGGAGAAAUGUCGGCUUUGCAUAUUGCUACCAAUCUUGACCGUAGACGCUGCGAUCGUAUGCUGACAGGUUUCUGACAGGUUCAGCCGCCGCCAUCCAUGCCUCGUGAUCCUGACCAUCGACAGAACGCAGACGCGAGUCCGCUGCGAUCCUCUGAGAGUGGUCGCAUGAUAAAUAUAGAGCGAACCCCGCAUGUGUGCGAGGACGAUAAAGGGGGUUCGUACGGAGAGAGCGGGUUAAGCUCGAGAUGGCUUUCCUUCGCUUGCUCUCUGCGCUCGUCGCCUGCCUCGGCCUUGCGUGGACCAGCAAUGGCCAGGGACCGUAUCCGGGCCAGAUCAAGAACCUGGUGACGUUCGGAGACUCCUACUCUGACGUGUAUGCGCCAGGGGACAACGGCACUGCAUGGCCCAUCUAUGCGGCCAUGUACGGCAACUUCACGCUGUACCCUUUCGCCAAGUCCGGCGCAACGUGCUCAAACUACCUGACCUACAAGCCAUUUCCACCGGUCUUCGAGAGUCAGCUUCCGCUCUACUUCACAGAGAAGUACAACGGAUCCCUCGAACUCGAUCCAACCAGCACAAUGUACACGCUAUGGAUCGGGACGAACGACGUCGGCGUCAACGCGCUCCUGACAGGCGAUCAGACCCCAGGCGUUACGCUCGUGGAUACUAUUGGGUGCGCCGUCGAGUGGGUGAAGGUCUUGUACACCAGCGGUGCUAGGAACUUCGUCUUCCAGAAUAUGCUGCCUCUGCAGGAUACCAUUUUGUACUCCACCUACUCUUACCCCAACCGGUACUGGACGGAAGAGCGAAACACGACAGAGUGGAACGUCAUGAUGACCGAGAUUACGAACACCGGCAACGCCUUGUCCCUCGCCUGGCUCACCGCGCUCGCUCCAACUCUAGAGGGCGCCCACCUCGGCUACUUCAACUCGUACGGGCUCGUCGCCGACAUCUAUGCAAACCCCCAGAACUACCUGAACGGUACUGCUCCGCUGAACGUCACUGGUUGCAUCAACUCGUGUGAGUACCAGUUGAACGAGAGCACAGCGGGUCCGGUGACGUGCAACGUCGCUGAGGGAACAGCAAGAGAUAGCUUCAUGUGGUAUGAUGAGUUGCACCCGUCCGAGCAGACCGACAGGGUCAUCGCUAGAGAGAUUGCGUCUGCUGUAGUGCGGAACUCGUCGGACUGGAUUACAUGGCUGAGUUGAACAUCGGACAGAACACUGCAGACAUUACCCUAGAGCAAUGGACUAGAGACCUGGGAAUAAGAUUGCUGCUAUCUUCGGCAGGCAUAUUGUGAUGCUUCCCUGCGGCGUACACAUGCGCCUUGCUAGAAAAUACCGAGUCAAGGAUCAUCAAGGACCUUCCACACCGUGUUCACAGGUACGGGAUGCCAUAACGCUUCGCAGUCCCGAACGGAAUACCGCACCUCCCAGGAAAUAUAUCA